AUGGCGUUGUGGGCGGGGCUGGGGCAGGCGGCGACGGUUGCGCAGCUGGUUGGGGUGGACGCCGGCGGGCUCAUCUCCCUAAUCACGCAGGCGGCCUUGACGGCUCGCCAGAACAAGAAGGCCUGCGAGCAGCUCUCACGCCGCGUCCACAUGAUCGCCGACCUGCUGCCGCACCUCCAGGAACCUGAGUUGAUGCGGCGGCCCGAGUUCCGGCGGCCUCUGGCCGGGCUGGGCGACACGCUCCGGGAGGCGCACGACCUCGUCAUGGUCUGCCAGCGGAAGAGCCGCUUCUACCGCUUCCUCAAUGCCAGGAGGCUGGCUGACAAGUUCAGGGACAUCCAGAGUAGGAUGGACUCCUACCUCCUCGUCGUCCCUUUCAUCAGCUACAUAGCCUUAACCUACAACCUCAACCGAAUCUGCGACUCCCUCCGUCCAAGCCAUACAACCCUUCAAUCGCCGGCAUCCACCUCCCAGUCCCACCCAGUCCCUGCUUGGAAGGGUGUUGCCAAGUUCACGCUGGCAGAGAUCGCGGCGGCGUCCAACAGCUACGCCUUCUUCACCAAGGUCUGCAAGGGCACCUCCGGGACGGUGUACAGAGGGAGGCUUAGCGACGGGAGCGACGUGGCCAUCAAGCGCAUCAGCAAGACGGCGCAGGACAGGGAGAAGGUGCUACGCACGGAGCUCGCCGUCAUCCCGCACCCCCGCCACAGCCAUUUCGUGCGCCUCCUGGGCUGGUGCGAGGAGGAGGACGAGCGCCUGGUCGUCACCGAGUACAUGCGUAACGGCUGGCUCCACGACCACCUACACGGUCGCAAGCCGCCUUCCUCGGCGGUGAUGGUGUCCUGGAAUACGCGCGUGGAGGUGCUCCUGGGCGCGUCGCGCGCCAUCAGAUACCUCCACUGCAACUUCGAGCCGUCGGUCAUCAACUGCAACAUCAAAUCCUCCAACAUCCUGCUGAACGCUAGCUGGAUGCCGCGCGUGUCGGACCUGGGGUCCUCGGUUCGGCACGAGACGGACGAGGCGGAGUACCAGGUCGUAGGCAAGGGCGGCUACAUCGACCCGGAGUACUGCCGCACAGGGCGCCUGACGCCGGCGACCGACGUGUACAGCUUCGGCGUUGUGAUGCUGGAGGUGUUGACGGGCAGGCCGCCGGUGAUAACUACUCCGGCUGAAGGGGGGGCAGGGCGAGGUCCAGAUGGACUUGGUGCACUUUGCGCUCCCACUUAUCGAGGCCGGGGAGCUGGAGAAGCUGCUGGACGGGCGCCCGGAGCCGCAGCCAACGCCGGUGCAGCUCCAGGCGCUGCAGUGGGUGGCCAACACGGCGGCCCAGUGUCUGCAUCGGCAGUCGAUAGUUCGGCCACACAUAUCAGACGUCGUGGCUCACCUCGACAUAGCGUUCAGGCUCGCCAGCACGUAGCAUGCAGUGCCGCCAAUGGAUGA